AUGCCUCCAAAAGUGCCCAUGUCUCGUCCGAUGGUCGUUUGUGUAGAAGGAAAUAUUGCGAGUGGGAAAACGACUUUCGUGAAUUCCUUCAAGAAGCUCGCUGAUGUUCAUACGUUCGAAGAGCCCGUGAAAGAAUGGCGAUCAGUGCCUGGGGUCUCGGGAUCUCACAAUCUCUUGCAACUGCUUUAUUCUGACCCGAAACGAUGGAGUUUCGCGUUCCAGCACUAUGUUCAGCUCACUAUGCUCAAGGUGCACGAAUGUCCCGCGAAUGCACCGAUAAAGGUUAUGGAGAGGUCGAUCCACUCGGCUCGUCAUUGUUUCGUGGAGAACCUGUUCAGAAGCGGGAACAUGACUUCAGCAGAAUACGCAGUGCUGGACGAAUGGUACAAAUGGAUCCGCGAAAAUCGAAAUGUGAACCCAGACGUUAUCGUGUAUCUUCGCACGUGUCCCGAAACUGUUCACAACCGGAUCAAAUCUCGGGGACGCCCCGAAGAACAAAGCAUUUCUUUGAACUACCUCAAAUCUUUGCAUGAACUCCACGAGGCGUGGAUUGCGAAUAGUGGGUGUCAAGUCAUGACAUUGGAUGCUAAUCUCGCUGUUCCGGAAGUUGAGAAGCGGUUUUUGGAUGCCAAGGAUUAA